GCGCUGGCUUCGGGCAUGGGGUCCCGUGUGGAGCUGGGGUUCGCGGAGGAGGCGGCCCCGUGGCGCCUGCGCAGCGCCCAGUUCCCCAGCAAGGUGGGGGGGCGGCCGGCGUGGCUGGGCGAGUCCGGGCUGCCGGGCCCCGCCGAGCUGCGCUGCGGACGGUGCGGGUGGCCCUGCGCUUUCCUGCUGCAGCUCUACGCGCCGCUCCCCGGCCGCUCCGACGCCUUCCACCGCGGCCUCUUCGUGUUCUGCUGCCGCGGGCCCGCCUGCUACCGGCCCGGGGUCCAGGGGCCGCUGCGAGUUUUUAGGAACCAGCUUCCGAGGAGGAAUGACACCUAUUCCUAUGAUCCACCACCUGAAACGCCCCCUCCUGAAGGGCAUCCCCCUGUGAGCCUCCAGCUUCAGUGUGGAGCUCAUCUGUGCAGAGUCUGUGGCUGUUUAGGGCCAAAAGCAUGUUCCAGAUGUCACAGGGCCCAUUACUGUAGUAAAGAUCAUCAGACUGUAGAUUGGAAAUUGGGACACAAACUAUCUUGUGCGCAGUCAGCUCAACUGGACACUGCAAUUCCAGAUCACAAGUUCCUAUUUCCAGAGUAUGAAAUUGUAAUAGAACCUGAGGAAAUGGAAACUCCUGGUGACAGUCAAACAGAUGCAGAUACACAAAAGAACUUGGAGAAACAUGACAAAUUGGCAGCUGCAGGCGGUGCAAGUGAUGGUUUUGAGUCACUAGAUGAGGAGGUACUGGAGGCAAUGGCAAAACAUGAGACUCGAGAAGACAAGAUUUUCCAAAAGUUUAAAAAUCGAAUAGCUGCAGAGCCAGAACAGAUUCUCAGAUACUGUCGAGGAGGAGAAGGUCCCAUAUGGAUCUCAGGUGAAAACAUUCCUCAGAUGAAAGAUAUCCCAAAUUGUUCAUGUGGUGCCCAAAGGAUGUUUGAAUUCCAAGUUAUGCCACAACUCCUGAACCACCUGAAGGUUGAUAACCUAGGAGAAAGUAUUGACUGGGGAACACUGGUAGUCUACACAUGUGCUGAAAACUGUAACCAAGCAAAUGGAUAUAUGGAGGAGUUCAUCUGGAAGCAGGACAUUACUGCAGACUCUACUUAACUACUACACAUUUAUUUUUAGCUCCUGUAAAGAAAUGAAUUGAGUUUAUACACAUGUACUGAAGUGUUACACAUUGCAAGAAGGAAAAAAGGUAAAUGAACUAUUUCAUACUGAGGAACUAGCCCAGAGUUGUAUCACCUUUAAUGUGUAUAUUGUAAUUAAAUUAUAGCUAAGUCAUUAAAACAGGCCUGGUUGAAAUUUUUUAUGCAUGUCACCAGUACAUAUGAGCCCGGCGCAUUUAAGGUUCCUACUCAUUGUUAGCUUUUUACUUCAUCUUGGAUAGUGAAACCGAAUCGUUGAAAGUUUUUUUUCUCAUGCAGUGACACUGCAAUCAUUUCUUAAAAUUGCUUUUUUAAAAAAUGCUUAGUUUCACCAAGCACUUCUAGUGCUCCUAGAGCCAGUAAAUUGUCUUUUAUAGUCAAUUUUAGGCUUGUUCAGACAUUGUUUCCUUUAAGUCAGUGAUGUCUCAUCAGAGUGUGAUUUUAUCUGAAACCCAAUCACUUACUGCAUGUUUUACUUGGUAAACUGCCAGCUGAGUUAAUGUACUUUAUCACUCAGUGUUUGACAGUGUGCAUUUACUUUAUAUAAUUGCCUAUGGAGUGAGAAAUGAGGCCCACAAACAGUAAUGUUUUGCAGUUACUGCUGCAGGGGCCAGAGUCCAGCUGGUUGAACAGUGGUGUGGCAAACCUGAGUCUAUUGUAUGAGGGAAACUUAGUCCCUGCCCAAAGGUUACACUCUGUGCAUAGCAUUGUGGAAAUGGGGCUCUUACACUAAAUGACAUGCUUCUAUAGUAAGUAUGUUUUACACAUGUUGGUUUUACAGUUUUUUCCAAAAAUAUUUAAGUGAUAGGACUUUAACUUAAUUUGGCUUCCAGGUCUAUAGUGUUUUAGGCAAAUAAAGAGGAAUCUAACUAACUGCCAAUGCUAUUUUUACACCAAACCCAGAGAGCAGAAAUAUUCCAUUGCUGUGAAGACAGGCUGCAGCAGUGGUAGCUUAAUUAUUGAAUUUGCUGUCAAAUUGAAAAAUUACCUGUUAAGUGGCUUUAAAAGAUUAUUUGCAUUUCUAGAUUUGUUCUGAGAGAGAGCGAGCUUAAUGAUGUGAUGCAAAUGUUUCUCCCAUGUCUUAAGAGAAACUACAUUUGCAUCAAUGUUGUUCUGAGGCAAAAAUAGUUCUCUGCUGGAACAAAUUGUCUGUCAGGUUGUCCUGGUGUAUUAAUAUCUCAGAACAACUUCCCCUCUGCAGUACCUUGGCUCAUAGCAAGAGGUGUCCCCUUGGAAAGGAGCAGCCAUAUACACAAAGUAUCUGACAGGAGUAGAUAUGAAACUGUCUUGCGCACAAGCCUAUCCUACCCACAGCUUUAUUUAGAAGAGCUUGAUCUGUGCCAUAGGGGAUUGUAUUUUUUUCACGUGAGACUAGUUUUAUGAUAAUAUACAUGAAGUAUUUUAUGCUAUGUUCACUUCUGGUGUCUAGAAAGUUUUUGUAUAAGACCAGAUUGAACAGAUAUUUGGUCAGUUACUUUACAACAUACUGGUGGUUAGAAAUUUCAAGUUCUGGGCAAUCCUACCAAAGCUCACAGACUGACAGCUACUAGGCAAUUUUCAUAAAAUUAAUCUUCCUGACCUCUUUUGCCAAGUUUCACAAACCACGUUUAGAGAUUAAGGCCAGCUGGGACCACUGAUCAUCCAGUGAGUCUGACCUCCUGCAGACCAUAUCAGAUCUUUCCUAUCCAGUCUUGUUUU